AAAAUAGAAUUAAUUGUUGUCCGUAUUCUAAAGUGAGUUAUAUCGCGAGAUAUAAUUAUAAUAUAUAUAAAUUAAUUUUUAAAAUUAAAAUCAAUGUAUGUUAAAAUAUUUUAUUCUCAAGAAUUUUUUAUUCUCAAUUUAUUUUAAUAAUAAAAAUGGCUAAAGCGAAAAAAAAAUUAUUAUCAGAAAUUUCCCAACAAAAACGCGAUCGGCGAAACGAAAAAUCUUUAAAUCCAUUUGAAGUGCAUAUAAAUAAGAUUAAACAAAAUGUAUUAGGUAAAAAAGAUAAAACGGAUAAAGGGCUUCCGGGUGUAUCACGUGCAAAAGCAAUUAAAAAACGGAAAGAAACACUUCUUCAAGAAUACAAACUAAAAAAUAAAAGUAAUUUAUUUUUGGAUAAACGUAUAGGUGAAAAGAAUUUAUUUAUGAAUGAAGAAGAAAAAGCUUUGGCUAGAUUUGCAGCGGAACGUAUGAAAGCUCAUAAAAAACAGAGUAUUUAUAAUUUAAAUGAUGAAGAAAUAUUAACACAUAAAGGUCAAACUUUAGAAGAAAUUGAAAAAUUUGAUGAUCCAAGAAGUGAUGAUGAAUAUAGCGAUGAUGAAAAUAGAACUGGUAAAUUAGAUAAUAAGUUUGUUAGUGAAGCUCACUUUGGUGGUGGAAUUUUAUCAAAAUCAGAAUCUGGAAAAUCUAGAAAAGAUAUUAUAGAUGAACUUAUAGCGGAAUCAAAAAAACGUAAAGCUGAGAAACAAAAGAUUCGUGAACAAACCAUAGAUUUAACAGAAAAACUUGAUUCUGAAUGGAGAGAUCUUCUUCCGAUAAUGUCGGCGACUAAUAAAGAUAUUGAGGAAGAAACUAUAAAGAUGAAGGUUGAUGAUUAUGAUAUUGCUGUACGUGAAUUGAAGUUUGAGGCUAAGGGUAUGCCAUCGGAUAAAUUAAAAUCUGAAGAGGAUACAAUAAAAGAAGAGAAAGAAAAAUUAGAGGCUUUAGAAGCAGAUCGAUUGGCAAGAAUGAAAGGACUUAUAAAUAAUACAAAUAAUGAGAUUAAGCACAAAUCUGCGGAUGAUCUUGACGAUGGUUUUAUGUUAGAAACUAUAAAUGAUGAAGCUUCGGAUAAUGAAAAAAAUUCAAUUAAAAGUAUGCAACAAUUUUUAAAUAAUGAAGAUACUAAUGAUAUUGAAAAUGAUAAUAAUGAUAAUGAUGAUAAUGAUAAUUUUAGCGAAGACAAUUUAAUUAUUAAUAAUGAUGAAAAAAAUAUAUAUACAGAUACAAAUGAUGAAUUGAAUAUUAUUAAAAUGAGUGGAGAUAUAAAGGAAAGAAAAAAAAUAAAAAAUUUUACCGAAAGCAAAUUAAAUAAAAAUUUCAAUGAAGAAGUUUCAGAAAAUUCUGAAGAAGAUAAUUUGUCGGAUUUAAAAGAAUCGGAAUACUCCAGUGAAGAUGAAAAAAAUGAUAAAAAUGAUAAAAAGUCAAAGGCUAAUUUAAAUGUUCUUGAAUUAAAUAGCAACAUCAAAAUACAAGAAAUUAGAGAUGAUCUUUUAAAAAGAAAAGAAAUCAUGGAAAAUGCAAGGAAAGAAUUACCUUAUGUUUAUAAAUCACCAGAAAAUUUUGAAGAAUUACAAGAAUUUUUACAAAAUCGUAAUGCUGAUUAUCAAUCAAUUAUCAUAGAUCGUAUAAUAAAAUGCAAUCAUUGGUCGUUAAAUAGUAUAAAUAAAGAAAAAUUAUCAAAUUUAUUUUUGUUUAUACUACAGCAUUUAAAUAAUCAUGCUAUGGAAGAUGAUGUUGAAAGUGUGGUCAAAUGUUUUCAAAUUGUUGAUAGAUUAUCUCCCUUUUUGUAUGAUCUUGCGCAUUUAAAUCCGGAAAAUACUAAAUUUGUCGUACAAGCGAUAAUUAAGGAAAAGCAUAAGGAAUUUGAAAAAAAUAAAAAAAAAUAUCCAUAUCUAGAUACGCUUAUUUUUUUUAAAUUGGUUUCCUUGAUAUUUCCAACAUCUGAUUUCAGACAUCCUAUUACUACUCCCUGUUUAAUAUUUAUGUCUCAAAUAUUAUUUAGAUGUCAAGUUAAAAAUAAAGUAGAUAUUUCAAAAGGUCUUUUAAUAUGUACUCUUAUAUUAGAGUAUACUGUAUUAAGCAAACGAUUUCCACCAUCUGUGAUAAAUUUUCUACGUGGUAUAAUUUAUAUAUCUACGCCUAAAUGCUUAAUUCAAGGAAUAAAAAUGAUACCACCUUUUAAAAAGACAGGAGAAUUAAGUAAUUUAUUAAUACUUGAUGAAGAUCAAACUAAUUUAGAUAUUGAUCCAAUUAAUAUGCUUAUGAAAGCAUCUGAUUUGGUAGAUGGACCUUUGGAUGAUAAUUUUAAAAUAAGAGCUUUAUUGACGGCUAUAAAUCUAUUAUGUGAAUUUAAAAAUCAUUUUGAAAAAUUAGAAACUGUAUAUUCAAUAUUUGAACCAAUUUUAAAAUUACUCGAAGCAAAUUUUUUUGAUAAGUAUCCAUUUAAAGUCAAGAAAUGUGUUGAGCGAUUACGAAAAGAAUUAAAAGAAUUGAAGAAUAAAAAAUUAGAAUAUCUUGUUGUUGAAAAAAAGAAACCAAAACCAUUAAGAUUGUACGAACCGCGAAUCGAAACGAUAUAUGAUAGUAAAAAACAUAAGACUAUGUCUAAAGAGAAAGCCGAAAAAGAAAAAUUAUUGCACAAAUACAAAAAAGAAAUGAAAGGUGCUAUCCGUGAAAUACGAAGGGAUCGAAUGUUCUUGGCAAAAUUGCGAAUAAAGCAACAAAUUAAAAAUGAUGAAGAACGUAAACGUAAAGUGAAAGAAAUCUUCGGCGAAGCUGCGAUGCAACAAAGUGAAUUAAAAAAAUUGAAACGAAAAAAAUAAUAUUACUCUAGGAUGUAUAUUAAUUUUUUUUGUUAUAUUUUUAUUUAAAUGAUUUCACGCAUGGUAAAGUUAAAUGGAAUGAUAUUGUUCACAAUGACACUUCAAUCUUUAUAUUUUUCAUAAUGAUAUUGCGCAAUGUGCAUUGUUAGAAAUAUAGAAUUAUCGCGCGAUAAAAUAUGACAAUAGGAUCACAAUUAUGUUACGAAACUUUGCAUAGUAUGUAUAUAUUACGUCUAUAAUAUGCAAUCGCUAUAUUAGCGUGUUUUUUAUAAUUUCAAUAUUUUUCUAAAUGUUUAUAAAAUAUAAACAUUUUUAUAUAAAAAUUCUUUAAUAUAUUUUCUUCAUUUCUAAUAAAAUAAUAGUUGUAUUGUAUGAAUUGCUAUCAUUUUAGAAUAAAAUGUACAUAAACAAUGA